AUGGAAGUACGGAUGUGCUACGAUGAUGCUGCCUCGGAAACAAGCGACAGAGUCGCCGAUGCCUGGGCAAUCUACAUUCUCGAUCUCGAGAUAAUCGAGAAGAUUGGAAACUUCCUUCUCAAGCACAUGCAGGCUAGUGAUCCUGUCAAAUUUACAAUCUGGCAGACAAGCGCUUUUAACACCGCCCUGCAGAUGAAUGUUGAAAGAUCCCACGCUGCUGUCAUGCGGUUCCCACUCCCUGGGGCUAUGAUGUUCCCUGAAGAAGAAGUCCGAAGCGAGGUGGCUACCAUGCGAUUUAUUGGGGAUCAAACUACGAUUCCGCUUCCUUUUGUCGUUCACUCGGGAGGGAAACAAGAGAGUCCCUCGGAAUUGGGUUCUUUUAUCAUUAUGGAGUAG